CAUUAUGUCCAAAAUUCCUAUGGGAAUGCGUGGAUCGGUGGAGCCACCUGAGAAGGUGAAAGACUUUAUCAAAGUUAUGGAUGAGCAGUUUGACACUUCAGAUAAAUCCUUGUUCAUCAACCUCAUCCAAGAGUUCUCGUCCACAAAACUCACCGGUGUUAAAGGAGUUUGAGAACACAUUUCUAAAAUGAGGGACAUCGCUGCUCAUUUGAAGAAACUCGACGUUAUCAUUCCUGAUACCUUCCUGGUUCAUUACAUCCUUCACAAUCUUCCUCCACAAUAUGGGCCUUUCAAAAUUUCCUACAACACACAUAAAGAAAAAUGGACUAUCAAUGAAUUGAUGACCAUGUGUGUUCAAGAGGAAGCCAGGCUCCUACAGGAGCAAGGAGAAAGUGUUCACCUGACCACUCAACCUAAGAAACGCAAGCCAUUCAAGAAGAACAAAGGGAAAAAGCCCAUGGCUCCCAAGGCUGCCAUAAAGAAAGAUUCCAUCAAAUGUUUCUUUUGUAAACAAAAGGGACAUGCUAAAAGGGAGUGCAGCCAGUUCAAGAAAUGGAUGGAUGACAAAGGAUAUUCAAAAUCUAAGGAAGCCAGUGGCAAGUGAGCAAAGCAUCUUAUCUGGAAACAAGAUGGGCUCACAUGUGGAAGCUAUUGGAACAUGCAAUUUAGUUUUAAGUAAUGGUUUUGUUUUAAAGUUAGAAAAGACCUUUUAUGUACCAAGUUUCUCUAGAAACUUGAUUUCAGUUUCAAGACUUAUACCCUUUGGUUUUUCCUUUACA